AUGGGCUGCAGUAUUUCAAUGAAGAACACAAUGUGUAAAAAGGAUGGAGAAUGUCUUGCAUUAGGCGAGACACUGAAUUCUGCUGAAAUACUCCUUAUUCGACAGACUUGGCUCAGUCUUGAACAAGAUAUUAAAAAUAUUGGAAAAGAGUUAUUCUUGAGGUACUUCGAAAAGAAUCCAUCUUAUCAAAAUCUUUUCCCUGAGUUCCGGAACCUGAGCCGUACUGAGAUGGAGCAGUCUCGUGCCGUUUUAGGGCAUGGAAAACGAGUCAUGAAGGCAAUAGAAAACGCUGUUGCAACUUUACACGACCAUGAAGUCCUUAAAAGUUAUUCUAUAGAACUGGGAAAGAGACAUGUAAACAGGAAAUUAAAGGAGUAUCAUUUAAAAGAUAUGAGGAGAGCUUUCAUUGAUGUCAUACGUGAAAGGCUGAAGGAUGUCUGGACAAGAGAAGCGGCAAUUGCCUGGAGUAAACUUUUUUGUCGAAUAAGCAAUGGCAUAUUGAAAGGCAUCAGUGCAAGUUGUUGAAAGAAAAUAAAACAGCCUAUUGUAAGAUAACUGAAGUCAAGAUAGGAUGCAACAAAACAACAACAACAACAACAACAAUACAUGGGUUAUCACAUGAGGUAAACUGAAA